GUCAACUUGACCCAAGGAAAUCAUCUGGUAGCGACAGCGCUGGGAUGGCCGCAUGCUGAUGUCAUGGCCAUGCGCAGAGGAGGUUUCUUGCUCCUGGCCCUGCUGGGAGGCCUGGGCUUCUGCCCUUCCCUUCCAACGAGUCGCAGGAGCCGGGUACCGCGAGCUGCACUUGAUGACCUCACAGCUGAGAUCGUGUCCACCCUGAAGGUGGCGCAGCUGCGGGAAGAGCUGCGCGGCGCGGGUUUGGACGACAGCGGCGUGAAGAAGGCCUUGGUGCAGCGUCUGACUGUCGCCAUCGCCGAUCGCUCUGGCGAAGUGCGUAAGGAGGCCUCAAAGGAGCCCGAGAUGGAGCCGUUGCAGCCUGCGGUGCGCUUCGUCGUCAAUGCUAGUGUCGGCCACAUGGCUAGAGUUGUCAGCCUGCCUGACGCCGACCAUCUGCUGGUGUUGGGGGACUUUACAGGCCAAAGUUCUGCGUUAGACGCAGAGGGACAUGUGCUGUGGACUUCGAGCGCUGGGCUGGAGUCAAUCUCGAACACUGCAGUGGUCGGAUCUGACGUGUUUUGUGCCAGCGGGUGGACGGGGCAAGUUUCCGCUGUGGCUGGGAAGGCGGCGCGGUGGACGAAGGAUGUUGGAGUUGGGGAGUAUGCCCGUGUCGCUGCCACAUCCGCGCUGGCCAUCUUUGGGGGCGGCAGCAGUGUGCAUCAGGUCGCCGGUGUCGACACGUCGAGCGGGGAUGUGCGCUACUGUCUGGAUCCUGGCAUCGGUGCUAUCUGGACGCUCUGCGCGGCUGGCGAGCGCCUGCUGUGCGGGGGCAGCUGGACCAGGCCGGAACACACUGCCCAUGUAGCAGGCUUGGAUGCAUCGUCUGGCAAUGUGCUGUUUACAGCAAACCCCGAUGUUGGGAGAUAUAUUGAGACUGCCUUGACUGCAGACGGAGGGGCCGCCUUUUGCGGGGGAGAGAACGGCAUGGUCACAUCUCUUGAUCCAGCUACAGGAGCUGAGCGCUGGCGUGCCAGCUCUUCCGUCCAGGAGGUGUGGGGAUUGGCGAUUGCGGCGGAUCAAGGGCUGCUUAUUUGCGAUGGCGGCUGGUCGGAGCUGAUGUCCGCCCUGGAUCUCGAAACUGGAGCCCUGCGUUGGGGUCCGGUGAAUGCCACCGUGGGCAAGAUCUUCAGCUUCCUGGCAGUGCCGGACCUGGACCUUGUCCUCUGCGGCGGGUCAGAUGGCACGUUGGCCGGGCUCCAGCUCGCCUCAGGGGUGCUCAGAUUCGUGGUGGAUGUUGGCGUGGGUGAGAUUUGGAGCUUGGCCUAUGACGCGCGCACCAGGCAACUCUUCUGUGGCGGCAACAACGAAUCUGUUGCUGCAGUGCAGCUAUGAGCGUCCGACC